UUUUUAAGGACGACUAUCUUCCGGACUUCAGCUGUCCCAAAUCUCAAAGAAAACAGAAGCCCCUCUUUCUCACAUCUAAUCAUAUAUGGCAGAAUCACGUAAGAGGUACGCAGUUGUGACAGGAUCAAACAAGGGUAUCGGAUUCGAAACAGUAAGGCAGUUGGCCUCAAAGGGAUUCACUGUGGUCUUAACUGCCAGAGAUGAGAAGAGGGGUCUUAAAGCUGUUGAGAAACUUAAAGAGUCUGGCUUCUCAAGCCAAGUAGUUUUUCAUCAACUUGAUGUGGCUGACCCUGCUAGUAUUGCUUCUCUAGCAGAGUUCAUAAAAACUCAGUUUGGGAAACUUGAUAUUUUGGUGAACAAUGCUGGGACUCUUGGAUCGAUAAUUGAUGCUGAUGGUUUUAAAGCUGCAGCUGCAUCUGGUGCUAUGGACUCAGGAGUGCUGGAUGAUUUCAAAAAGUUGUUUACUUCAACUUAUGAGUUGGCAGAAGAAUGCUUGCAAAUCAAUUAUUAUGGUGCUAAAAGGACCGCUGAAGCACUUACACCACUCCUCCAGCUAUCUGAUUCACCAAUAAUUGUUAAUGUUUCAUCCUCUGUUGGAAAGCUGGAGAACAUACCAAGUGAUCGAGUGAAAGGAAUUCUUAGUACUGAUAUUGAGAACCUAAGCGAAGAGAUUGUAGAUGAAGUAUUGAGAGAGUUUCUAAAUGACUUCAAGAAGGGUUUACUCAAAGGUUGGCCUUCCAUUACACCCGGUUAUGCUGUCUCAAAAGCAGCAAUCAAUGCAUAUACAAGGAUUCUAGCCAAAAGGUACCCUGGUUUUCGCAUCAACUCCGUCUGUCCUGGCUAUGUCAAAACAGAUAUAAAUUGUAACACCGGCUUCAUGCCUGUUGAAGAAGGUGCUGCAAAUGUAGUGAAUUUAGCAUUGCUCCCAAAUGAUGGCCCUACAGGCAAUUUCUUUUUCCUUUCUGAAGUAUCAUGUCUUUAAAUGAAGAUUGAUAUAAUAAGAUUCUGCCAACUUAUGUCAGUUGUAAGUUGUAACUGAUUGAAAUUAAUAAGAUUCUGUGAAUCACUUAUGUUGUAA